AAUGAGUAACCAAUAAUAGCUCCCCCAUUUUCUUUAGAUUUAAAUUCAUAUCCAUAGUUCUAUGAAUUGGAUCAAACGCUUCAAUUGAAUAGAUCCAGUUUAGACAAAAUAAUAAUUCUUACAAACAUAAUUUCAGUGUACAUACAGUGUAUCAAUAUGGAAAAGAUCAUGUAAAUUGUUUACUCUCAGAAAAAUACACCCCACUUGGAAUGUUUUCAGUGCGAAAGUGCAAGGAUUAAUGGCUGCAAUCACGGAUCUCUUGUUAUUGUUUACAUUUUGAAACAGCCUAAGGUCUCUACUUUAUGGGGGUGUCAUUGACAGUGAACGGCAAGUUCUUAGAUGACAAAUUGAUCCGCUUUUGCUGGGCUAACCAAAGCGCAGCUAUAGCUCUCGAAGGGUUUCUGGAAACUUGGAUUUCGAGGAUGUUCAAAUGACUGCAGAAACAUAGCGCAUAGUUGCAAAGGUCAAGCCAAGAUCACCAGAGAAAAUACACAGGGGUGCACAAUGUUUAGUGCAACUCAGAGUUCCAAGUCUGAGUUCCUGGACAAAGCCAGGCAGGCACGUGAGGAGAGGAAGGGGUACAAAGAGAGGGAGAGAGCAGCCACUCUGAUUCAAGCGCUGGUCAGGAGAUUCCUCUGUCGCUGCAAACUCCAGAAGCAAAUAAGGAAAGAGGUUGAUGACUUCUUUCAAGAUGUCGGAACAACAAAAAGAAAUGCACUAUCAAUUUUUAAAAUUGCUCGGAAGUUGUUAUUCAUUUUUUGUCAAGAGGAUAAGCUGAGGUUUGAGAAGCUUUGUCGCUCCAUUCUUGGUAGCAUGGAGGUUGAAAAUGAGCCCAAAGUUUGGUAUGUGUCACUGGCCCUUUUCAAAGACCUCACCAUCCCAUGGAUAAAGCAGAUCAAAGAUGUUCUGUGGGUCUCCUGUAAUUUUCUGAAAAAAUUAAAGCCUGACAUCCUGCAGGACAAUAAGCUGGUGACUUUGUACCUUACCAUGCUGGUGACCUUCACAGACACGUCAACCUGGAAGAUAGUGAGAGGGAAAGGAGAGGCCCUCAGACCAGCGUUGACCCGGAUCUGUGAGAACAUCAUGGGGCAUCUCAAUCAAAAGGGAUUUUAUUCAAUACUGCAGAUACUACUCACCAACGGAUUGGCACGCUCCAGACCCUCUCUUACCAAGGGCACACUCACAGCAGUAUUCACGUUGGCAUUAAGACCUGUCAUUGCUGCUCACUUCUCUGACAACCUGCUGAGGUCUCUUCUCAUCCACAUCAUGUCUGUCCCAGCUGUCGUCUCCCACAUCAACACCAUCACCCCAGAGUGCAUGGCCACCAUACAGACCCACGACCUGCUGAGGAAGUUCACCCUGUUCCUGAGCCGCGAGGAGCAGUGUGUUGACAUCUGUGUCUGCCUGGAGGGGAGCCACACACUGUGCUUGCUGGGUAACCUGAUUCACCUGGGCUACCUCAACGAGAAAGUCCUGGAGGAGGAGGCCAACCACUUUGUUAAAGACCUGACGGACAUGCUGUCCUACUGCCAGAGAUACGUGUCCCAGAAGAAAUCCAACCUCACUCACUGGCACCCGGUCCUAGGCUGGUUUUCCCAAACUGUAGACUACGGUCUGAAUGAGUCGAUGCCACUGGUCACCAAGCAGCUGCAGUACCUGUGGGGCAUGCCUGUGAUCCGGACUCUCUUCAGUGACGUCCUCAGCAAAAAGCUUGAGACCCAAGAGCCCACGCCUCCACCACAGCCUACCACGUCGCAGAACAACCUGCCAGUCAAGAGCCUCUUUAAGCGGGCGUUUCAGAAGUCUGCCUCGGUGCGCAACAUCUUGAAGCCGGUCGGCGGGAGACGAGUGGACUCUGCUGAGGUGCAGAAGGUGUGCAGUAUCUGUGUGCUGUACCAGACAGCCCUCACCACGCUCACUCAGAUACGACUGCAAAUCCUCACUGGCCUAACCUACCUGGAUGACCUUCUGCCUAAGCUGUGGGCCUUCAUCUGCGAGCUAGGCCCCCAGGGAGGCCUCAAGCUGUUCAUGGAGUGCCUGAACAACGACACAGAGGAGUCUAAGCAGCUGCUGGCCAUGCUCAUGUUGUUCUGUGACUGCUCCAGACACCUCAUCACGAUCCUGGAUGACAUCGAGGUUUACGAGGAGCAGAUCUCAUUUAAGACGGAGGAGCUCGUCACCAUCUCCUCGUUUCUCAACACGUUUGUGUACAAGAUGGUCUGGGACGGCAUCUUAGAGAAUGCCAAGGGGGAGAAGCUGGACCUGUUCCACAGUGUUCACGGCUGGCUGAUGGUGCUCUAUGAGCGGGACUGCAGGAGGAGGUUCUCCCCUGAUGACAACUGGCUGCGCAAGGAUCUGAAGCCGAGCCUUUUGUUCCAAGAGCUGGAGAAGGGCAAGAGGAGAGCUCAGCUGUUACUGCAGUACAUACCACACGUCAUUCCCCACAAAAACAGGGUCCUGCUGUUCCGGAACAUUAUUACCAAGGAGAAGGAAACCUUGGGAUUGGUGGAGACAAGCUCCGCGUCUCCGCAUGUCACCCAUAUCACCAUUCGCCGCUCACGGAUGUUAGAGGAUGGUUAUGACCAACUCCGCCGGUUGCCUGUCAACUCCAUCAAAGGUGUGAUCCGUGUGAAGUUUGUCAACGACCUUGGUGUGGACGAGGCCGGAAUCGACCAGGACGGCGUCUUCAAGGAGUUCCUGGAAGAGAUCAUCAAGAAAGUCUUCAACCCGGCACUCAACCUCUUUAAGACCACCAGUGGCAACGAGAGGUUGUACCCCUCCCCUACAUCCUACAUCCAUGAGAACCACCUGCAGCUUUUUGAGUUUGUGGGGAAGAUGCUUGGCAAAGCAAUGUAUGAGGGCAUCGUGGUGGACGUACCCUUCGCCUCCUUCUUCCUCAGCCAGGUGAUGGGUCACCACCACAGCACCUUCUACAGCUCCAUCGACGAGCUGCCCUCCCUGGAUUCUGAGUUCUACAAGAACCUCACCUCCAUCAAGCGCUAUGACGGGGAUGUUGGUGAUUUGGGACUGACACUAUCGUAUGACGAGGACGUUAUGGGACAGCUGGUCUGUCACGAGCUGAUUCCUGGAGGAAAGACAAUGCAAGUCACCAACGAAAACAAGAUCAGCUACAUCCACCUGAUGGCGCACUUCCGCAUGCACACGCAGAUCAAGGAGCAGACGGCAGCUUUUAUCCGAGGAUACCGCAGCAUCAUCAACCCCGAGUGGCUGCACAUGUUCUCCACCCCCGAGGUCCAGCGCCUCGUCUCCGGGGACAACGCCGAGAUCGACCUGGACGACCUCAAGAAACACACAGUUUACUAUGGAGGUUUCCACAGCAGCCAUCGGGUCAUCAUCUGGCUGUGGGACAUCCUGUCCAGUGACUUCUCCUCUGAGGAAAGAGCCAUGUUCCUCAAGUUUGUCACCAGUUGUUCAAGACCCCCCCUCCUAGGUUUUGCCUACCUCAAGCCCCCUUUCUCCAUCCGCUGUGUGGAGGUGUCUGACGAUCAGGACACUGGGGACACCCUAGGCAGCGUCCUCCGGGGUUUCUUCACCAUCCGGAAGAAGGAACCAGGCGGUCGCCUCCCCACCUCGUCCACCUGCUUCAACCUGCUCAAGCUGCCUAACUACAGCAAGAAGAGCAUCCUGCGUGACAAGCUCCGCUACGCCAUCAGUAUGAACACAGGUUUUGAGCUCUCAUAAAAUAAACUCCCCCCUGCUCGUGGCCUGCUGACAGCAAAACUAAAGGGAGAACGGCUGAAGAGGGUCCUCCUUACCCAGGCUAGAGGUGGGAGUCCGUUAAGUCAGUGGAGCUUUACCAAAGCGGAAGGCAAAACACAUAAGAUACCCCCCCCCUUACCUUUAUCGUAGCCUAGGAAACCAGAAGAGCUCCACCCUCUCUUAUCCCAAUCAGUCUGGAUUCUGGAAGCUACCCACCCCAAGGGCUCUCAAGCCCAUUUGCUGCCUGUGUAACCACGGUAACCAAUUUUCUGACCAGUUGUAGUCAUUGACUACGUUAGAUUUUUUUUCUUCAAACAGACAAGUAGCUAAAGAAACAAGUGCUGUGGGAGCAACACAUUUGGAACAGUCACUUUCUACUCUCUUAACUUUAACCCCAUGCUAAUAAUCAUAACAAGGAGGAGAAGAAUGUGUUACCUAACACAUUGCCAAACUAAAAUGGCUCCAUAUCUUACCAUUUCUUCUCAGGCUUAAUAGAACGAUACUUGGAUCUAGCACUCCCACGUCAAUUUUACUGGAAAGCAAUAUAGAUGCAAUGCAAGCCAUUAGACACGUGAUAGACUUCUCACUGGAGCAAAACCAUAGAACAAAGUUUCCUAUCUAUUGGAAUACAAUAUUACCCAUGCAACUUUCAGCUGUCAUUCGAUGAGUCUUAAUAGCCUUGUUGAACAUGACGAAAGCACCUUUUUAUAAAGAGACAACAAAUCACUGCCUCAUGUUCAACAACAAGUUCUAACCACGGAGAGGUGGUCACCUGUGUCAUAUUUAUAUUGGCUCUCAUGGAUUAAUUAAGGAAUUAAAUCCUGACGAUCUGUCUCUUUCUCUCCCCAUAUACAGUCACCUGACAAAAGCAUUAGACCUUGUAUCUCUGUUCUCUAAUGUAUUGAAAUUAGAACUCAUGUUACACAGCAAUGCAUUUGUAACCCAAAGUGAUGCCUGUCUGUCAUGUCAAUACUUUCACUGAUCAUGAGGUUGUUUGAUACAGACAAACGAUGCCGUGGUUAUGUCGUGGUUCCGGAGUCUUUUUUUGUUUGUUGGUUGCUUUUGAUAAUGAAUUAGUGGCUCUUGAAUGUUUUAUAUGAUUUGCUGUGAAAUAUCUGGGUCCUAUAACUACAGCAGACAACUGUUGUUUUUUCUGCAUUGCAUGUCGAUGAUUGUGACCUUCCCAAACAAAUCUGUUACAGUGAAGUCAAUCACAAACAUUUCUCUAUACACUAGGAUUUCACUGAAUAACUCUCACUACACCUCUGAAAAAUGCUGAGUGCCUCGUAUGUCCCCACCUCAUAUGUCUAAGUGUGGCGUUUGAUCGCGUUUGUGACUGACCAUGUCUCUUCGAAAUGGAAUCAAGCCAUAAACACACAGGACAAGGUAUUUAUAAGGACUUGAGCCUGCUUAGAGACAAUUCAAUUUCAAUGCUCCCUCUACCGUAUCCGCCACUGAACAAACCAACCAACCAACCAAACCAGGAAAGUUUGGUGUCAUUUGUCACUGGCUGUGCAUGCCAACCCUGUAAGGAUGCUCCCUUGUCUGUAGACCUUACAGCCACAUGGAAAGGGGUUACACAGGGAGCAAACCAUACUACAACAUGAUGUCAUGGGUUGGUUGAUCACCUGAAACUGAAAGCAUUUCUUUUGUAUCCAUCUACCCUCCUUCAGACCCUCUCUUGCACAGAAAACCCUGCAAAAUAUCAUGCAAAAUGUUGCAUUAACAGGGUCAAAUAAAAAUAGACUAUGUGGGGCAGUUGUUAGUGACUUGGUGGUGGGAGACGAGGCAGUUUAGGGUCUUGAUUUUAAUGAAGUGAAAGAUAAACAGGCUGAUAAAAAGCAAUAGCCUGUUUGUUGAUUCUGUAUUUUAUGCAGAACUUUUUCAUGAGGGGUGUACAUGUGCACUGCGUGGUUGUUGUCAGCCAUAGAUACGGCUCUGGUUGUGGUCAGCCAGAGAUGCGGCUCUGGUUGUGGUCAGCCAGAGAUGCGGCUCUGGUUGUGGUCAGCCAGAGAUGCGGCUCUGGUUGUGGUCAGCCAGAGAUGCGGCUCUGGUUGUGGUCAGCCAGAGAUGCGGCUCUGGUUGUGGUCAGCCAGAGAUGCGGCUCUGGUUGUGGUCAGCCAGAGAUGCGGCUCUGGUUGUGGUCAGCCAGAGAUGCGGCUCUGGUUGUGGUCAGCCAGAGAUGCGGCUCUGGUUGUGGUCAGCCAGAGAUGCGGCUCUGGUUGUGGUCAGCCAGAGAUGCGGCUCUGGUUGUGGUCAGCCAGAGAUGCGGCUCUGGUUGUGGUAAUUUCUAGUUGAAGGUAUAAUGCAUCCCAACACCUCACGGCAUUAAUCACUAGUUAACAGAAAAACACCUUUCUGAUGAUGUUAUGGGGAUUAUAUGGGCCACUAAACAAGGUUCUGUAUGGUUUUAUAUUGCUUCGCUAUCUUAUAUCGACCAAUGAACCGAAAUCUGUGAUCUAUUUGUUUGUGUAUAGUAAUAUUAAGGGGCACAACCUACAUGUACAGGCAUUUCCCCCAGUUAUGAAUGCCAUCAAUUUCAUUGACAAAUUGAAAUAACUAUUAGACUAUAGUAUGGGAAGAUCUUACCUCAAUUUUGUCUGUUGUGACUGCAAUAUAUUUAAUUCUCAAGAGCCUCUGACUGUGGCUCCUCUGACAAAUCAGUGGUCAAUGUCCUCAGUGGUGUCUGACUAAAUGUUACCCAUAAAUUCUUUCAAUCAAUUGUUUCAACAGCCUGAUGCAGAUUAGAAAUGAGGUUUGGAAAUGGAGCUGUAGUGAGACAAAUGUUCAGUGUCCAAGAGAGAAUGGACGAUAUCUCACACACUCUGUUGUGUUUGAUGAGGUCAUUCCUCACUUUUAAAUGAUGUCAUGAGAUCUUGCUAUCUUUUUAUUCGAAGAAAAGGAAAUCCAGGAAAUGUGCAACAUACUCCUAUGAAAGUACUGUCCUCGCCCUCCUUUUAAAAAGUGUUUUUGAAACUGGUUGCACUAUGUGAAAUACAGGUUGUUGAAAAGGUUAUUUCAAUGUAAAACAUGUCUGUGUAAGAUAUUUCUGCUGUAAAACAUUAACAAUUGUUGAGUCAUGUUAACCAUAUUUAUUCUAAACUUUACUUCACUAAA